GUCGAUCAGACACAAGGCUUGGUUGGUAUAAUGAGAGAACGACCGUAGACUUCGUGUCCACGAGGAUACAUGAAUCAGAAAUACGCAUGGACAUAGUUCCUGAAUAAGUUCUCAAAGAAUUAUAACAAUGUUCCGGAAUAACGUUUGAAUUGUUCAAGGUCAUCAGUGCUGGCCACCACAGAUCAUCUUCAACCAUUUGAGAGCAGGGGUCCAUAGUGGCGCAUCUUUCAACGUGAAGCCGCCCCCCCAAACAAACAGAAUCCCUUCACCCCCAACCCCCAUUCCUCUGCUGGGCCACCAUGGGCGAAGUUGUCAUAGUGAAAGAAGGAUGGCUUCACAAACGAGGAGAGUACAUAAAGACCUGGAGACCGAGGUAUUUCCUGCUGAAGAGCGAUGGUACAUUCAUCGGGUACAAGGAGCGGCCGCAGGAUGUGGACCAGCUGGAGACGCCACUUAAUAACUUCUCAGUAGCUCAGUGCCAGCUGAUGAAGACGGAGAGGCCAAAGUCCAACACGUUCAUCAUCCGCUGCCUGCAGUGGACCACUGUGAUCGAGCGCACCUUCCACGUGGAGACCCCUGAGGAGAGGGAGGAGUGGACGAAGGCCAUCCAAACGGUGGCAGAUGGGCUGAAGAAGCAGGAGGAGGAGAGGAUGGACUCCUCGCCUGACCCCAUGGACAUGGACAUGUACCUCACCAAACCCAGACUCAAAGUGACUAUGCACGACUUUGAAUAUCUCAAACUCCUGGGAAAAGGCACUUUUGGGAAGGUUAUUUUAGUGAAGGAGAAGGCUACAGGCAAAUAUUACGCUAUGAAAAUCCUUAAAAAAGAAGUGAUUGUAGCAAAAGAUGAAGUAGCACACACACUCACUGAAAACAGAGUACUGCAGAACUCAAAACACCCAUUCUUGACAGGUCUUAAGUAUUCCUUCCAGACUCCUGACCGCUUGUGUUUCGUCAUGGAGUACGCCAACGGAGGAGAGCUGUUCUUCCACCUGUCGCGAGACCGCGUAUUCUCUGAGGAGAGGGCCCGGUUCUACGGGGCCGAGAUCGUGUCUGCGCUGCACUACCUCCACUCCGAGAAGAAUGUGGUCUACCGGGACCUGAAGCUGGAGAAUCUAAUGCUGGACAAAGACGGCCACAUCAAGAUCACAGACUUUGGUUUGUGUAAGGAGGGAAUCAAAGACGGGGCCACGAUGAAAACCUUCUGUGGAACACCAGAAUACCUGGCGCCUGAGGUAUUGGAAGACAACGACUAUGGCCAGGCGGUGGACUGGUGGGGUCUGGGCGUGGUCAUGUACGAGAUGAUGUGUGGCCGACUGCCCUUCUACAACCAGGACCACGAGAAGCUGUUUGAGCUGAUCCUCAUGGAGGAGAUCCGCUUCCCGCGCACCCUCGGGCCCGAGGGCAAGUCUCUACUGUCUGGCCUGCUGAAGAAGGACCCCAAGCAGAGGUUAGGUGGAGGGCCGGAUGACGCCAAGGAAAUCAUGCAACACAAGUUCUUUGCGGGGAUUGAAUGGCAAGACGUAUAUGAGAAAAAGCUGGUUCCACCAUUCAAGCCCCAGGUCACCUCGGAAACGGACACACGCUAUUUUGACGUGGAGUUCACAGGCCAAACCAUCACCAUUACGCCUCCUGGGCAAGAUGACAACAUGGAGUCUUUCGAUAGCGACAGAAGACCCCACUUUCCACAGUUCUCCUACUCCGCCAGUGGGACAGCCUAAAGACUUAAACCAUGCAUUUUCCCCCCCUUAUCUUUUGUCUAAUGGACCACAAUCUUCAGUCUCCACCCAACCUCCUGCGAUCCCUUCCUCCCGCCUACCCCAACUGCGACACAUCCACGUAGGCCAUCAAAGACCUCAAUCAUGUUUGUUUCCUGUCAUCAUUGUUUGUUAUCAUGCUGGGAUUAUUGGACUGCUUCACAAAUCUCGAGGGUAGUUUUCGAUUGCUGUCUCCUGACCUUCUCUAGCACUGAGUCCCUGAAGGAAUCCACCUUGUCUUCAAUAGGUCUAUAUCCUCUAGUGAGUCCAGUUGAUAGCGAGGAGACAAGGAGAGAAGACUACUGUAGAACGAUAUCCACUCUCCAGCCUUUUUAAAUAUAGUUAUUUAUAUUGCUUUAAGGGUAGGGGUGUCAGCUGCACAGCAAAACACCUAAGGUAAAUGAGUCAAGAUGUCUAAGGUGCAGCAACAGUUGAUUACAAGAAUAUACAAACGGACACGAAAAUUAGUUUACUUCAAAAGGCUUGCCUCAAACAAGAAGCACAGUCACUGUCAAACAACUAGUUUCUCGAAACGGUACACUAUCUAUCAAGCUAGUUGGACAGCUUUGUUACUUUGUAAGUCGGUUUUAGCAUGGAGCCAAGGAAACACCAAUGUGUUGGUUUUAAAGUAGUAAUCCUCCUUCCCUACUCCAUCUUAGUCUAGUGUGAUUCAUCACUGCCAUUCAGCUUCCAAACACUCCAGCGUUUGUGAGAGGUAACACUAAAGAUCUCUACUUGCUCUCCAUGCCUUCUUAAUGAUGAGGAAUGUGCCUGCCUUCUAGUAUGCAGAAGAGCUAGAUCACAGAGCUAGUCCACAGAGUCCAUGGUAUUAGCUGUUACAUCAAUAUUGUUCUGUUCUUAUCUCUGUUUCUCGCACCAUUCAGCCUGUGUUUGAGGAUAAUAGUUACUUCAUUGUGAUGUAUUAGAAAACAUGUCUGGGAAUAAGGCAUUCCUAUGUCCGUAAACUGCUGCUGCUGUCAUGAUUAUGAUGCAGUCCUUGUCAAGUCCAACUUCACGAGGCAUCAUAAUUGUUUAAAAUUGGGAAAUGGUUAAUUAUGCAGAUAUGGCAGUCUCGAGGUGCAAAACUAUUUUGUUAUAAUCGCAUCAAACCACAGUAUGGAAGACAUGUAUUCUGAUACAUCCAUACCGUGAAAGGACUGGAUGAACAUAUUUGUUAUGCUAGACAGGCCACUAUUCUUAAUUUUAGGGAAUCAAUGUACUUUAUGAAAAAUCAUGGUAAAAGGCACUAUCGUUCAAAGAACCUUUUGAGCUGGUCGUUCUAAUUAUUAUAAUUUUUUGUGAUUUCCCAAUCAAAGCAAAACACACAUGGAACUUCAACGGUCAUUAAAUAUCUAGCAGACUGCUAGUAGGCUUGCUAGAAAAGCGAGAGGGAAAAAAUGACAUAAGAUGCCUUUUUCUACCAGCAUGACCUUGAAUGCUGAUGCCUGCAUGGCUUAAACAUACUAAUCUGAUGCUCACUCACAAAUUAAUUUUUCUAGUAUUAAAAUGAUAGUAACAAACCAGCUGCUUCACAUAUCUUGGAAAAGGAGCACAAUCCACAUGCUGUCCUAAAAAAAUUAGUUGAGUUGGAAAUUAGAAAUGUUAUUAGUAGACCGUGAGAAAGGAACAGUUUACAUGGUUCCUAACCUUGGGCUUUAGAGGGGCCAAUGCAUGCUCAAGAACACAAUCAAGAGUUAACUAAAACCUCAUUUUUCCUCACCCAGAUGGCAACAUAUUCUGAGGAAAAGUAACUUGUUCAGAGUUGGCAUAUAUAUGAGACUAUCUGGACUGUGUCAAAUACGUGCAAUAAGAAAUGUGGCUAGCAUUCCCCAAAAGGGCAAGUAGGGGUACUACACUCCAUGAUGUCUCUUUUUGUCCCACAUUGAGCCCAGUAUAUUUCUGUUUGUAAGCAGACUGGUGCAUAUUGGAAAAUGGAACCGCUGCCAAGGUAUUACAAUUAGGUGGCAA